CCCACCCUAGUUCGGACCAAUGGGCUUAACUGAGCGCAGAGUCAUUCGCAGCGAGCUGCGCUGGGUUCACAUCAUCAUCAUCACACCUCCAGCGCGUGAACUAACCGAUGCCCCCCGCGCUGCUCCGUGUCUCCCGCAGUAGAAUGACGGAGAGUGACGCGCGUGUGUUCCUCGAGCUCUGCGUUUCUCUGAGCGGACUUCUGCGUUGAGAUCAGUCUGUGCAACUUCUUCAGAUCCCUCUCUCGGAGGAACACCGCGCGCAUGUGUGGAUGAGACGCGCUUCUGCAGACUCGGUCGUCUCUGAUUGAUAUGAGCGUGUUUUCUAAAACUAGAAUGAACCCUGAACACUGACUGCCCGGUUUUCGUCUCUCCGGCGGCGCAGUCCACAGUUAUUGACCGAAGUGCGGACAUUCACACCACUGACAGAAGAUCUCGGACAUCUCAACACUUGCUCCACUGUCUGACAUCAGCCGAGCCACAGAUGCGAAUCAAAGUCGACUAAAGCAAGAGGAAUAUAGGUGUCCGAGUGCGCUGUAGCGAUGCUGCAAGUGGAAAUGAUCCUAUUCGUGGGUGUGAUUCUGUGGAUGUGUGUAUUUAGUCAAGAGCCCAGCUCAAAGGUGAUGGCUGAUCGAUACGCUGUCUACUGGAACCGAAGCAACCCCAGGUUUCACCGUGGAGACUAUCACAUCGACGUCUGUAUAAACGACUACCUGGACGUCUACUGUCCGCACUAUGAGGACUCGGUCCCUGAGGAGAGAGCGGAGCGUUAUGUGCUCUACAUGGUCAACUAUGACGGCUACAGCACGUGUGACCACACGGCCAAGGGCUUCAAGCGCUGGGAGUGCAACCGGCCGCACUCGCCCAACGGCCCACUCAAGUUCUCCGAGAAGUUCCAGCUCUUCACACCUUUCUCGCUGGGCUUCGAGUUCAGACCGGGCCGAGAGUAUUACUACAUCUCAUCCAUGAUCACAGAAACCGGGAGAAAGUCGUGUCUCAAGCUGAAAGUCUUUGUGAGACCACCAAAUGGCUGCGAGAAAACCAUAGGCGUUCAUGACCGCGUUUUUGUCGAUGACAAAGUAGACAAUGCAUUAGAACCAAGAGAUGACACCAGUCACGAGGCUGAACCGUCCCGGAGCGAUGUGUCGACUUCAGGCCUGCGGCACCAAACGUCGGGGCCCCUGCUGGCCCUGCUCCUGCUCUGCAUCUCUGUGUUCCUCACCUUAUAGCCCCUCACCGGCCCCUCAAGCAGCCCCCGGGAAACCCCACUCGUCUUGAGAUCUACCAGGAACACUUCUGCUGCGCUUGCGUUUUGUUUUCCAAUAUUUAAGUGGUCCUUUGCUGUCUUUGAUUAAGAAAAGUCGAUUAGCCGUGCAAAGAAGAAAUGCAGAUCGUCUGUUUAACCAAUCGACCGGUGGCCAGUCGCUGGGGAUUGGCUGCUGGGUGAAAGGGGGCGGGGUCUCAGAUUUGAUUUGGGUCCAUUGGGAGCUAGUUGCUCUUUUGUGGGUAAUUAGAGAAUGCUUUAAGAAACGCUCAGUGAAAACUGAAGGUUUUUAGGUGGGUUUCACAUAAAACAGACAUAAACAUCAACCCGAGUUCACCGGCUCUGCUGUUAGCGAUAUUAUAUAUAAACAAAGACUCUUGCCUUUCGUCCUUCGUCUGCCUUCCCUUAACAAAUUGCAGAAUGCAUCGGAGGAAACGGUCUGUUAUGCAUCUCGCCGCAGGAUCUUUCCUAAUCGCAGGAAGAUGUUGGUUAGUCUGUAUCGCUUAGUCUGAAUUUGGAUUUGAUUCUAAUGCAAUUCGAGGGACUUGUCUUAGUAGACCACACCACUAAAAACAACGAUUUUGUAUUUUGUAAGAUAAACUUAACUGCAACAUAAAUAUCUAUAUUUUUCCUAUGACCUUUUAUCAAUUGAUAUGAGAUAUCAACAUUAACGGAUCAUGGAAAUUCUUUUCUUGUCAUAACUGUGUGUCCGAUUCUCUAUUAGGAACCAAAUACAGAAAGGGGCUCCGCACGAUGUUUCCCAUUUACAUGGGUGGAAAAAAUAAGCAUCUGUUUGAAUAGGCCUUAUACUGUACACUAUACUAAUAUCUCCUGGAAGUGCUUUGAGUUCAGCGUUUCCAUCGGAGAAAAUAAAGUUUAGUAUCAUUUGAUGAUUUCAUUAAUGCAUUUGUUUGUUCUGUAGCUGUCAAUUGGUGCCGUUCUGACUCAUUUAAUAUGCUGAUGCGACAUACGCAAUACAUUAGAACAUGGGCAUUUUUCUCCUCCCGAAGCCUUAUAUGAUAGAGGAACCAAUGGGUGAAUCUCACCAAACCAAAUUCAUAUUUCACCACAGAAUCAAAGAAUUUAAAAAUGUAAAAUUAAAUACAAUUAUAUUUCCAACAAACAAAAUGAAGCAUAUUUUAGGAAUAAUUAAUGUGCCCUCCAUUUGUUUAUAAUUAUAAUUAUACAGAAUUUUAUUCUAUUCUGUCAUAUAUUUUAAUUUGAUAAUUUAUUUAAAAGAGUACAUUACUUAAAGGUGUUGUG